AUGUCAGAUCUUCAAAAGUUACAGAGGUUCUCAACCUGUGAUAUUUCGGACGGAUUGUUGAAUGUUUAUAACAUUCCAACGGGUGGUUAUUUCCCUAAUCUAACAGCAAUUUCUCCACCGCAAAAUAGCUCCAUAGUAGGCACUGCAUACACAGUACUGUUUGCACCCAUUGAUGAUCCAAGACCUGCCGUGAACUAUAUAGACUCUGUCCCUCCCAACUCAAUACUCGUCCUCGCACUGGAGCCCCAUUUGCAAAGUCAGUUCCACCCAUUUAUUAAAAUUACGCAAGCGAUGUACGGGGGGCUGAUGAGUACCAGAGCACAAUAUUUGAAAUCGAAUGGGACAGUAGUCUUUGGACGCAUAAGAGAUGUGGAUGAACACCGGACUUUAAACCAUCCCGUUUUUGCUUACGGUGUUGGAUCUUGCGCUCCAAAGGCUGUCGUUAAAGCCGUAGGCACUAACGUACAGUUGAAAAUCUUAACGAGUGAUGGCGUAACCCAAACAAUAUGUCCUGGUGAUUAUAUUGCAGGUGACAAUAAUGGAAUAGUACGCAUUCCUGUUCAAGAGACUGACAUUUCAAAAUUAGUUACCUAUAUCGAAAAGUCAAUUGAAGUGGAUUUACUUGUCUCUGAAGAUAUUAAGAAUGGUAUUCCCGCCAAACAAGCUCAAAAUGAUCGAAGAUCAGUAUUAAAGAAAUACAUUUAA